AUGGCGGAGUUCAGUGGAAAAUCCACCCCCUUGGUUGGCCCCCUUCCUAUCCUCGGGAACAUUCAGGGCCUACUAUCCCUAGACCCUCCACCCUAUCAUCCCCCUCCCCUCGCACCCCAGGCCCUGCCCACGGCAGCCGCCCCACCAGUUGCCCCACUAGUUGCCCCCCUAGGGGAACCGGGAGGACGGGAAGCGGCAGCUGUGCCGGAACCAGGAGGACGGGAGGCAGCAGCCGCGCGGAGCCCCAUUGAAAAUGAAACCAACCACAAGGGGCCAGCCGGCCGAACCCGCAGGCGCACCCAGCGUGAGCCAAACCCUCACCUCCCUGACUCCACUGUGGCCCUACCCCUGCAGGAAAUAGGACCCCCCGAUGAAACAGGCAACCCCCAACUCCAGUAUUGGCCCUUUUCCACUAGUGACCUUUACAACUGGAAAACGCAGAAUGCUCGAUUCUCUGAUAACCCUAGUGAUCUAAUAGCUCUUUUAGACAGUGUCAUGUUCACCCACCAGCCCACCUGGGACGACUGUCAGCAGCUCCUCUGCAUCCUGUUCACCACAGAGGAGCGAGAGAGGAUCCAAUUAGAAGCAAGAAAUCUGGUUCCCGGAGACGACGGUCGGCCGACAUCUAACCCUGACCUCAUUAAUGCGGCUUUCCCCCUAACCAGACCUCCACAACGAAUGGGACUACAACAUGGCAGAAGUUACUUAGAGAGAUUAAUGGAAGCCUUUAGGCAGUUUACUCCCAUGGAUCCAGAAGUCCCUGAAAACCAGGCUGCUGUCUUUAUGUCCUUUGUAAAUCAAGCAGCUCCUGACAUUAAAAAAAAACUCCAAAGGCUAGAGGAUUUAGAAGGUAAACAGAUCCAGGAUCUGCUCUGUAUAGCACAACGGGUCUACAACAACAGGGACGCCCCAGAAGAGAGACAGAUCAAAGCCACAGAGAAAAUGACUAAAGUCCUGGCCGCUAUAGUCCAGAAAGAACAGCCACCCCCAGAAGGCAUUCAAACAAUACAGCCUCCCAGGCGGCACUUAGAUAAAGGUCAAUGCGCCUAUUGUAAAGAAAAGGGCCAUUGGAUAGGAGAAUGCCCCAAGAAGAAACAACCCCGCCCCAGCCAAGGGCAGUGGCAGCCUAAAAUAGCCCCCAUACUGUUUACCCAAAAUACAGAAUAGGGAGGAUGGGGUUCGGACCCCCUCCCCGAACUUGGGGUAACAUUGCAAGUGGAGGGGGCCCUGGUCCAGUUCCUAGUUGAUACCGGGGCACAGCACUCAGCUCUGGUCAAGCCCCAUGGAAAAGUAUCUGAAAAAUCAUCCUGGGUACAAGGGGCCACUGGAAUAAAGAAGUACCCCUGGACAACCCAGAGGACUGUGGACUUAGGAACUGGGAAGGUAACCCACUCCUUCCUGGUCAUUCCCGACAGCCCCUGGCCCCUGUUGGGGAGGGAUUUGCUUACCAAAAUGGGGGCCCAAAUUCAUUUCCAACGGGGGGGGCCCACAGUGACUGACUUCCACAACCAACCCAUAUCUGUACUCACUGUGAAACUAGAAGAUGAAUAUAGGCUCCGUCAGGAACCCACUCCUCUGGAUCAGGACAUCAAGCCCUGGCUUCAAUGCUUCCCAAACAUGUGGGCAGAAACGGGUGGUAUGGGGUUAGCAAAACAUCGCCUAGCCCUAUUUAUAGAGGUCAAGCCCGGGACGGACCCGUCCGCGUGCGCCAAUACCCUAUGCCCACGGAAGCCAAAAAUGGCAUCACACCGCACAUCCGCCGCCUCCUUGACUUCGGGGUCCUAG